GCUUGAGAGCGAUCUCAAUUGACAAAGACGCCGAGACGACGCCGAGACCCUUGUUCCUGCCUUCUUCCCGUCAUCCACCUUCCUACACUUUCCCAGCCUCCCCGCUCAUUCAAAACCUGACGCCUGCUUCCAUGGACACAGUCGUAGCCGGUGCUCUCGCCGCAUUGGCAGUAGACGCCCUCAUCUACCCGCUAGACACGAUCAAGACCCGUCUUCAGGCGCCUGACGUCUCGAAACGCUUCCCUACACGGCGUCUCCUCUUCACCGGCCUUUACCAAGGCGUGGGAACCGUAGUCGUCGCCACCUUGCCAGCCGCAGGUGUCUUCUUCACCUCAUAUGAAGGAGCCAAAUCGGGCCUCGCGCCUUACUUGAGCGGCUCUGUGCUGCAUAUGACCUCGAGCUCACUGGCCGAGCUGGCGAGCUGUGCGGUCUUGACACCGGCAGAGAUUAUCAAGCAGAGGGCACAGGUGGCUAGUAAAGGGGCUGCUGCUGCCGCAGCCUCGGCUUCGUCGUACGAAGGUGGAGGCAAGCCGCUGAGGGACACCGCUCGUGAGGUGACGAAGGGUCAGCCGGCUGGGUUGUCAGACGCGGCGAAACGGGUAGGAGAUCGAGCAUUGAACGAGACUGCAGUGGGUCGCACCGCCAAGGCUGCCAGUCAGGAGGCGGCUGCUACUUCUGCUGGUUCGCAGAACCUCGUCAAAACAUUCACAAGGGGCUACCUGGCAUUGGCCGGUCGCAACUUGCCCUUUACGGCCGUGCAGUUCCCCCUCUAUGAGAAGUUUCGAGCCGUCCUCUCUGAGCGCUGGAAUGUUAAGACGCUCAGUGAUACAGAGACGGGAGAGGUGCUGCAGAAGGGCAAGGAGACUUUGGAUGGCAAUGAGUCGAGGAGCAGUAGAGCUGCUUCAUCACGGCCAAAGACACGACGGGAGGACAUCAUAAAGCCUGGCCUAGUCGCCUCCUGCUCAGCCGCAGCCGCAGGGUCAAUCUCGGCCGCCCUCUCCACGCCCAUUGAUAACGCCAAGACCCGCAUUAUGAUUGCCUCGCCGUCCUCGCCAGAUCCAUGCGUGCAAGGAGGCACAUUGAACACUAUGGCGACCAUCUUUCGCAACGAAGGAUGGAGAGCCCUCUGGCGUGGUGGGCUACUUAGAAGCUCGUGGACCGCGCUAGGGGCAGGAAUCUAUCUUGGGAGCUAUGAGUCGGGAAGGUUGUGGUGGAAGACGAGAGGGACUUUCGAGGGGGAGGCAAUGCAGCAAUAGAAAGGCGACUUCAAUGACAAUGCAGGUCUAUACCCUGUUCUAUUGCAGCUGAGCUCGUCACGCCACCAGCGCCUUGAAGGCGUCCGCAAUCUCGGCGAGGUCCUUUUCGAGC